CCUCGUCCUCAGCCGCGUCCCCCUGCCCUACCCGGGAGCCGGAGAAGUGCCACAGGACGGAACCUAGCCGGGGCCUUUGUCCCGAACCUGGACUCGGGACUGGGCGCGGUGAGCGGGGCUCUGUCCUUCCCCCCGACCCCUCGACUUUAACCAGGUGGGCACCACGGCAAGGGCUGAGCCACCCUCAUGGAAGGGAGAGGACCCUACCGGAUCUACGACCCUGGGGGCAGCGUGCCUCCAGGAGAGGCAUCAGCAGCUUUUGAGCGCCUAGUGGAGGAGAAUUCCCGGCUGAAGGAAAAAAUGCAAGGGAUAAAGAUGUUAGGGGAGCUUCUGGAAGAGUCCCAGAUGGAAGCAUCCCGGCUUCGCCAGAAGGCAGAGGAGCUGGUCAAGGACAACGAGCCGCACCCACCAUGUCCCUCCUUGAGCUCCUUUGACCACCUUACUGAACUCACAGGAGAGGACACAAAUACUCCGGCACCUCCUGUUGCCCCUGCGUGCCCCAGUGACAAAUCAGCGUCAGCCCCCAAACCUCCUUCCAGUGGCACCUCCUCUGAAUUUGAAAUCGUCCACACCGAAGAACAGAAUUCUCCACCAGAAAGCCGCGGCCACAUCAGAAACCCAAUGGAGCUAGGUCCCCUGCCCCAUGAGGACAGCAACCUGAUGCUGCACCUGCAGCGGCUGGAGACCACCCUGAGUGUGUGUGCUGAGGAGCCCGACCACAGCCAGCUCUUCACCCAUCUGGGCCGAAUGGCCCUGGAGUUCAACCGGCUGGCUUCCAAGGUGCACAAGAAUGAGCAGCGCACCUCCAUCCUGCAGACCCUAUGUGAACAGCUUCGGAAGGAGAAUGAAGCCCUGAAAGCCAAGCUGGACAAGGGCCUGGAACAGCGGGAUCAGGCUGCUGAGAGGCUGAGGGAAGAAAAUAUGGAGCUUAAGAAGUUGUUGAUGAGCAGCAGCAGCAACAAAGAGAGUGCCUGUGGUCAGCCAGGCUCACCAAAGUUGGAGGGUAACAGCAAGAAGGGUAUGGCGGGACAACAGCAGACUGGUGUAAUGGCAGGUAAAGUCCCAGAGGUGGGGGCCUUGGGUGCAGCUGAGAAGAAGGUGAAGAUGCUGGAGCAGCAGCGCAUGGAGCUGCUAGAAGUGAAUAAGCAAUGGGACCAGCAUUUCCGGUCCAUGAAGCAGCAAUAUGAGCAGAAGAUCACUGAGCUGCGCCAGAAGCUGGCAGACCUGCAGAAGCAGGUGACUGACCUAGAAGCUGAGCGGGAGCAGAAGCAGCGAGACUUUGACCGCAAGCUCCUGCUGGCCAAGUCCAAGAUUGAAAUGGAGGAGAACAACAAGGAGCAGCUGACAGCAGAGGCCAAGGAGCUGCGUCAGAAGGUCAAGUACCUGCAGGAUCAGCUGAGCCCACUCACGCGGCAGCGAGAGUACCAGGAAAAGGAGAUCCAGCGGCUCAACAAGGCUCUAGAGGAAGCACUGAGCAUCCAGGCCUCCCCGUCAUCUCCACCAACAGCUUUUGGGAGCCCAGAAGGAGCUGCUGGCCUCCUAAGGAAACAGGAACUGGUGACACAAAACGAGUUACUAAAACAGCAGGUGAAGAUCUUUGAAGAGGACUUCCAGAGGGAGCGCAGUGACCGGGAGAGAAUGAAUGAGGAGAAGGAGGAACUGAAGAAGCAGGUGGAGAAACUGCAGGCCCAGGUCACCUUGUCCAAUGCCCAGAUAAAAUCAUUCAAAGAAUUUGAGAAGGCAAAAGAAACCCUCAAACAGCAGAAGAGGAAAGCAAAGGCCUCGGAAGAGCGAUACCAUGUAGACCCCCUUCCGGAACACCUCUGUGGGCCCUAUCUCUAUGCCUACCCACCCACACCAGCCAUGGUGCCACAUCAUGGCUUUGAGGAUUGGUCCCAGAUCCGCUACCCUCCACCACCCAUGGCCAUGGAGCAUCCGCCCCCACUCCCCAACUCGCGCCUCUUCCAUCUGUUUCGUUGCAGCCAGAAUAUACCUGGCGUCCACCCUGUGGCACGAUGCGGAAUCAGAGCGCCCAAGUGACAGACCCACCUUCCACCAGGCCUACCGACCCCGAGUCUGCAAAAAACGACCAUGAGGGGCCCCAGUGAGACCAGAUUGUGUCAUUUGGCUCUAUCUUCGUCUUGGAGAGCCAGCUGACCUCAGAUUACCGAAAACUAGAAGCCACAUACUCUUUGUGGCCAGAGCCGCAGCUGGACAGGAGGCUGAGAUGUGCAGACAGCUCAUACCUCCAGCCCUGAACUGUUUACAAGACUGGGGAGGCUCCACCCACAAGGCUUCCACAUGGGCUCCUCAUCUGGUGAUGACCAGGGGAAACUCACCUCCCUGCCUCCUGUCACCAAGUUGAGAGCCCUCACCUGGCUGACCUGCCAUCUUUCUUUGAAGCAGCUGGACUUCCAUCUUUAGAGUGGAUUGCAGCCCAGACCCCUUCUUUCAGAACCUCCACAGAAGUGGUUCCAGCUCCUCCAGGCGCCACAUCCAGUUCAUGUGUGUGUUCAAUUUUUGCUUCCAGCUCUGUAGCAGGACCUGUCCCAUGUCCAUCCCUACCCCUCUGUGAGGAGCUGCAGGAAGAAUGGGUUUAUCUCCAGAGCAGGAAAGAAUGACAGGGUAUUCUGACGUUGGGGCCCUCUCCACUCUACCUACAAUAGCCUCAUAAGAGGUGUCACCACCUGGGAUGAGGGCCAGGCCAGCCAUAUCUGCUGAAGGACCCCAGACUAAAGCUGCCAGGCCCUGGAGUUCAGGCCCUUCGCCCCCAGGCUAGAGGAUUGUGGUGUCGGAGACCUGUAUCUGGGUGGCUGUCUGUUCCUAGGCAGCUGUUUGCACGAAUCUUGGACAUAAAUCCAAAUGGAAAAUCAA